AUAUUACUAUAAUUCUAUUUCGAAUCAAAACUUAAAAUGAGUUUACCCCUAACUUAAGUGCAACCAAAGACGACUCGUUUGGGCCAUUUGCCCAAUUUGACAAGUCCUAACCAAAACCCAAAAUCUAUGGCUAUGGCGCAGGUGCUGAGCCUACAAGUUUCAACCCCAGCACCACCGCACCACCACCGCGCCACCUCAUCUUUGACCCGGCCGGCGCUGCUAACUGCUCCGUCCUCCACCGCCGACAAGAGUUUCCGUUCCUUACAACACAAACUCCAGAGCAAUGGCAGAUUUUCUUGCCUCUUCUCUGAUAAUCGCAAACAGGACGAGGCUAAGAAAGCUCUAGAAAGUGCUUUGGGAGGAAAGAAAACUGAGUUUGAGAAAUGGGAUAAAGAAAUUAAACGAAGGGAGGAAGCAGGUGGAGGAGACAAUUCAGGCGGAGGCGGUUGGUUUAAUUGGCGUAGAUGGUUUGGUGGCUCGGAGGAUGGCCAUUUUUGGCAGGAAGCCCAACAAGCAACCCUUGCUAUCUUGGGUAUUAUUGUCAUGUACUUGAUAGUUACAAAAGGAGAUGUGAUGCUUGCUGUGAUAUUCAACCCUCUGCUGUUCACUCUACGCGGAGCAAGGAAUGGGUUUACCUUUGUAACAUCACAAAUUAUGAGAAAAGUAUAUCCUGCUAGCCAAGACAGCUUUGGUACCAUAUCUCCGGAAGAAGUUCCUUCUCGUGUUUCUGCCAAAGAGACGGUAGCAAGAAAAUGGGGAAGCGAUUAAUCACUCGUUCACUAGCAAGUACUUCUCUUCUCCUUGUGUUCUGAUAUUUUUAGUGCUUUUUGUUAGCUUGCUUUUUCAUUCAGUGUGGGGAGGAAAAAAGGGUGCUUCUACGAAAGUAUAGUCAUCGGUGGCUUAUACCUUCUCGAGACUAUUGAACCUGAAAUUCACUUUCCAUCGCGCUUUUUAGGUUGUCGUAAUAUAGAAAAUUGUUUCAUCAGCUUCAUGUUGAUUUCAUCUUUAACAUUUGAAAUGGGAAUAUACACAAUUUUGUAAUAUAUUGAGUUACUAGUAAUUGUGGCAUAAUCUCAUGUAUUGUUCUUCCAAUUCAUGUUAUUAAGGUCACCGAUUGCUUUA